AUGGGAAAUCGCAGCUUGGCCUUGAAGCGCCUUGUCGCUUCGAAUGGUCAGGCCUCUGCGGCUUCCGCAAGAAGUCGUCGGACAGCCGCCGAUGCGAAACAGCAGGUUCGGCAGUCCAGUGCACCUUCUACACCCACCUCGGAGAACGCCUCUCGCAAGUCCUCGGUGGAUGAGACGAAUGCUGUGGUUCUGCACGAUCACGACGGCACGGACGCCAAUGACUACUCCGAUCCAACAUACAACGGUAAUUGCACUAUCAGCGUUGUCCCGAAUGCUUCAGAUGACAAUCAGAAGUUCCAUUACUCCUCUGCUUCGACGAAGCGUGAAGCUCUUCUUACGCCUCAUCCUUUCCUCGACUCGCUCGCGCUUUUGAUCCUCCUCCUACACCUUCCCGCAACCUUACUCACUACGCUCCAUCUUUUGUUCGCCUGUCUUAUGUUUGUGGCGCCCAAUGCUUCUUCUUCUGCAAGUGCCACCAGCAACUUCAUCAGCCAGGGAACAAGCGCACCGCCUUCGCUGCCCACCGUCCUCCUCGCUGACGCGUCAGUCGCUCUCAUAUCAGCAUUCCUCUUGCCUCAGGCUCGCGGUUUCAUCGUGGACUUGGCGCAAGCAGUCAUUGCAACUGCUUUGGGAGGUGGAGGAUUCAGGGCUGCUGCCAUGUGUGCGGGUGUUGUGGGCGGAGCUCGGAUUGCUAGGUCGAAGAUGCCGUACAGAAUGACCACCAUUAUCCAGCCCACGGACAGCGCUCUGGGAUGGCUAAUGAGUACUACUCCAUUUGAUGCUCCAGGCAUGCGUCAGCAGAUUGGUGCAUUUACAUGGAUUCAGGAUGCCAUCGCGGUACAUGUGGUUGGGCAGGGAGUCAUGCGUGCUUUACGACGUUGGAUUCUUGAUGGGUCGGUUGACGCUGCAUCUACUACAUCUAAUAACGGGAAGAAGGAAAAGGACAUUGAAACGAACAAUUUGCAAGUUACCACUACAAAUUCGAAGAAGAAGAAGGGUUCGUCACUUCGGUCUAUGCCAUUGUGGAACGUUAUUGCCGGUGCUUUGGUGUUUGCUGCCAAAGAAGCCGAGUUACGACCACAAGAGAGUCCAUCAUCUAAUGAAGAGGUUGUGUGGGUCACCUCCAUCGAUUCUGGAAGUGUAUCCUUUUCUAUUUCAUUUGGCGAUCGGUACAGGGAAGAGCAUCCGCCACUUACUGUGCGUGUGAAUGGCAUUCUUUGGACUCAAACGACAUUCGAACCUUUGACUCGCACGGCUCAGAAUAUUCAUGGGGAUGAGGGCGAUGAAGGUAAUGGCGUUGAACAGGAAGAAUAUGCACAGGCUGAGAAAGACGGCUCCGUGUGGCUCAUUCGCGUCUCUGGGUUGGCGUCUGUUACGGAAUAUGAGUUUGAGAUUUCGCUCGAGGACGAUUUGAUUUGCAGAGCCAGCAUCUGUACAUCGCCUAAGCAGGCUGCUCUGGCACAGAGCCAACCUCAGGCGCCCGCCCGUCCCUUCUCACCCCUAACCACUCUAUUAUCCACUGUCGAAACUGCAAGCGCGUCUCUCCAAGAUCUCCGACAACGACUCCGUCGUGUGCGACGCGACAACUCCAAGCACCUGUCUUCCCUUCGAUCUGAGAUCGAUACCCUUCGCAACCGGGUUAGUAACGGCGAUAAGGGUGACGAGCGUGCCUGGAGACGGGUUUUGUUUUUGAGGGAGUUUGUAAGGAGAACUGAGGACGAAGCGAUUGCGAUGGAACAGGAGAAAGUUCACGUCGAAGCGGAGCAUAAGGAGGUGUCUGAGAACUGGACCAUGAAGAAAAAGGAAUGGGAAGCAGAGAUGGCGACUUUGUCAAAAGCUGAAGAGGAGGUUAAGAAUGCCCGCAUGCUUAGCCGAACCAAGCUUGAUCAGGUUGAAGGAGACAAAACCAUAAUCAUGGCACGCAAAGACAAGCUGCUUGCGAAGAAAGCUCGGCUUAACGCGGAGUUGGAGCGCUUGCAGUCAUCCGAGCGUGAUAUGAUGCAGGAGAACGGGAGGGAAAUCCGCAGGUUGGCGAGGGAGGAACGCCAACAGCGUCGUCAGGCUCUGGAGCUUGAGUUCGUCGAGGCUAUCGAUGGCAUGCAGAAGGGGGUAAUUGAUCUCCGCUCUCGCGUGACAGCGACCUGGCAACAGCUUCAGGGCUAUGGCGUGAAUGGACUCCAGUCCGACGUUGGCAUGAGUCGUCCCAUGUCGCCGCCGCUCGUUGGUGAUUCCCUUUCUCGGUUGUCCCCUGGAUUUCCGCUUUAGACUUUGGUUUUCAUUCUCUUCAAUAUCAUGUUUCUAUACUCUAGAAAGCACCUCGUUGCCCAGUCCAGCGUUCCACC